AUGUUCCCUGCACAGGCUAUGGUACCGUUGGAGCUGAGCCAGAUCAACACCGGGAAUUUCCCCUUGACAACCAGCCCCCCUCACCCACCAUCCUCCAGGUCAAAGACUCAACCACCUACUGCAUCAACACCACCUCACCCUCCCACCUCCCCCUCAUCCACAUCAUCCCGCGUACACCCACCCUUCCAAUCCUCCAACCACCCACCCGUAUCCGUAUUACCGACCCCACCAGGAGGACCAGACUCAAGCUCCACUAGCGUCAACAGCUCGCACAGCUUCAGCAGUCCCAACAGCAGCGCCAACUACCGAGAAGGCGCCAUCAUCAGCAACAGUAUCCUUAAUAACGCCGUGUAUCAGAGCACCCAGCAAGGCGGAGGUGGCGGUGGACUGAACAGCAACAACAGCAUCUUCACAGCCAAGCAUCGGCGAGAUCUUUCUACCGGAACAAUGUCAACCGUAUCAAAUCCUACCUCAGGGCAACAAUACUCUUCUACCAUGCCCACCAUCCAACAACAACAACAACAACAACAACAACAACAACAGCAGCAGCAGCAGCAGCAGCAACAACAGCAACAACAGGUGUAUGCUACUAACAGCACAGCGUCGUCACCAGUCUCCACUGGACCCAUUACUCGUCCUCCUAUGAACUCGCAAAGGGCACACCCUAUCUCGCCUGCGUCGCCUACCUCUGGACAGGUCAUCAACAAUGUGCUCCCUACUCACGUUAACUCUUCGUUCUCGUCGUCCAUCGGAUCUGCAGAGGUCAAUGGUGCGGUCCAAUCAGGUAGUACAGCUCACGGUUCACCCUCUGCUCAGGAGUCUAACGGCUAUGACAGUCCUGGCGGGGUUGUUGCUUCUGUCGCACCUCCAACGGACUCUGCGACCUCUACCAGCUCGGCUUCCAGGACAACUGGCGCUUCUCAGCCGGGAGCAACGCCUACCACAGCCACUGCAGGAACUCCUUCCAGGCAUCAUCAUCAUCACCAUCAUCACCAGCAUUCGCAAAGUUCAAGCAGUCCGCAUCAAGGCUCGGUAUCAGAGUCACGAUCGGGUUCAGGAACAGCAACACGGUCAACCACCUCCAGGAGGAACAGAAUAAAGGAUGAUGGAAGCCAAUCUGCCAAUGGACCAAGGCCAAGUGCAACUGUUUUGCCUGCACCAACACCGGCCAUGCAUUGGUCGCGUGCCCGGGUUCAUGGACAAAUCCCACCCAAGGAACUUCGUGCGCAGACAGUCAACCUUGUGGGCGAGUCUGUUUACGUCUUCGGAGGCUGCGACACCAAGAACUGCUUCAACACUCUGUACAUUUUCGACGCCGAUACCAUGCAUUGGUCGCAGCCAAAGACAUUCGGAUCGAUCCCUCCUCCGUGCAGAGCACAUUCUUCAACUCUUGUGGAUAACAAGCGGCUUUACGUCUUUGGCGGUGGCGAUGGGCCACAUUACUUCAAUGAGGUGUACAUGCUUGACACAGAUACAUUGACAUGGACAAAUCCUCAAACAACAGGCGAACGACCCUGCCGCCGUCGCGCUCAUACGACUUGUGUCUACAACAACUGUAUCUAUGUCUUUGGCGGUGGCGAUGGUGUUCAGGCACUGAACGACACCUACAAGCUGGAUCUGGCAGAUAUGCGAUGGACUGAAGUAAAGACGACAGGACAGAUCCCCAUUGCACGAGGAUACCACACCAGCAACCUGAUCAAGUCCCAGUUCAUUGUCUAUGGUGGAAGCGAUGGCCACGAGUGCUUUUCCGAUGUCCACGUCCUCGACUUGGAUACACAUGAAUGGGUGAAAAUCGACAUCAACCGGGCACUGCCUAGAUUAUCGCAUACGGCCACUCAGAUCGGCUCUUAUUUGUUCGUGGUCGGGGGGCAUGACGGCAGCCGGUACUCUUGCGACGUCGUGAUGCUCAACUUGGUGACAUGGUCUUGGGAAACCCGCAAGGUUUACGGGAUUCCACCUGCUGGACGGGGCUACCAUGCAUCGUUGUUGUACGACUCGCGGCUGUUUAUGUUUGGAGGAUACGAUGGCGGUACUGUCUUUGACGAUGUCUAUAUCCUGGAUCUGAGCACCUGCGCCUACUUGCCCCAGAUCACUGACUUUCAGGUACCGUUUACACUUUGUCUCUGA